AUGCAUAAAGCUUACCAGCCAUUCAAACCUGCUGCUAAUAAAUACCUGCAGAAGAAAUGGGACCAGGAGCACUAUAACGAGCAUCGAAAGAAGGUGAGGGAAGCCAAGCCUACAGUUGACACCAAAGGCAUCCGAACACCAACUCACAUUCAAGCAAAGCUGAAGGCGGCACAGGUUCAAGAAGAGAGGCAAGCCAUUAUUGACAGAGAUAACCAACUGCUAGCAUCCAAACUAGCUGAUAUUCAGCAUUCUAAAGGGUGCAUAGACCACAGGAACUUCUAUCCAGAAUGUAGUCUGAACUCUGAGAGGAGGAGGGCUGAGCUACUGCAGGUGACUCAUGAGAAUCAGAUGAUCUAUAAACGGAUCACCGCGCAGGAAUCUAAAUACAGACGGGAGCUGUGGGAGGAAGACUGGGCAAGGACCGAGCAAAGGCGAGACAGUAUUACACGCUAUCCACGGGGAGUGGUUGAUAAGCAGAAGGUGAAAAAAAGCGUCAGCUUUUUGAGAGGAGCACCGGAGUGGACGCUGAGCUCAUCCAGCAGAACAGAUGAUGGCAAAACCACAGGUGAAGAGCUCCAACAUCAAUGA